AUGGGGCAUCGCAAAGAUCGUAAAGGUCAGCCCAACAGUCGUGGUGGGACAGCUGGAGGAGUGACAAAUCAACGCAAUACAUUGGCUGUGAAGGCAGAGACAGCCAUUGGUGACCAGCUUCUUCCAGGGCGUCAUCCCUGUAAAUGUCAGGCUCGAAUCCAUGCUCUUGUAAGAAAUUGUAUGGGUUGUGGAAAGAUCGUUUGUGUACAGGAAGGUAGUGGACCAUGCUUUUUCUGCGGCAAUCUUGUCUGCACAAAGGAGGAAAAAGAGAUCUUGGACCGCGGCUCUCGAAAAAGUGCUGAACUUUACUCACAAUUAAUGGGAUUAAAGAAGGAGAAAAGUGGUACCAACGAGUCCUCCCUCUCUGCUAUAGGAGCUGAGUUCCAGAAAGCAACUCAAUUCAGAAACAAGCUUCUCGCCGCAGACGCCGAUUCGUAA